UUUGCACACUUGAAAUGCCACUAUAUAAAUGUUGUUUUUUGCUAUUUAUUUUUAAACAGAUUACAUUUGUAUAAACGGCCUGUCUCAUAACUGAAAUUCUCUUGGAUGACCUACAGAGAUUAAAACUACAAAAAUCAGUACAAUAAAAUCAGAAAUCACUCUUAAAACAAAACAAGAAACUUUGCCACAAAUCCUUUUAAAACUGAGAAAGGAGAAAUAAUAGCCAGAGAGCUAAGAGACACUAAGAGCAUAAAUCUAUGAACUUUUUACCUGCUGGCAGUUGUAAGACUCUUUUUUGUAUAAACAAACGAACAAACUAACUAACGGUUUACAAUUUUAAUUUAAAAAUUCCCGGGGAAACCCAAAAGUCGUUGUUUGUAUUCCCUGGGGCUUGAAGCAGCGAAGUACAAAGUAACGAGGUUGUAGCAAAGGUCCAUUCUUUUGCUCCUAAAUUGCCCUUCAAGUGUGAGCCGAAAUUUUAGGUUAUUCUCGCCCCAUGAACCCUGGUCAUCAGAGGUAACCAGUGGCAACAUGAUGCAUGUUUCGUUAUCAGCAGAACGUCUGAAAAAUUCUUCAGCCUAAAGAGCUUAGCCUUUUGCAAAAGGGUGCAAGUCUAUGCACGUUCAUAUAUUUAAAAAGCCUACAACUCCCAGCAUUCCUUAGUCAUUUAUUUGUGGGUGGGAAGUUGUAGGGCUUUCAAAAAACCAUGCAUAGGACCACACCUUCAGGGGUUUCGUAGCUUCCUGGCCAGAUGUUUACACAGAAGUAACCCCUGCCAUGCUUAUUUUCGCGUGGGUGUGAGCGGGUACAGGAUUACAGCUUGCAACCCUAAGGGGCCACUGAAAGUCUCCCCGCGUGCGCAGGCACUGGACAUCUUAACUGAGCCAAGCUCUUCUUCAGCAAACGGAGCCGCCGCUUCCUCUUCCUGCCCUACGGCGGCCCUCUUUUCCCGCCUGCGAGGAAGUGCAAUGCAAAGCCUGGCUUGCUGCCGCCCUAGCCGGACCCCGCUUCCAUCAGGCUGUGCUUAACCGCCGCGGGGAGGAGCGGCCAGGAGUGGAGGACGCGGCCUCAGGCCUCGCUCCUUCCUUCCCAGCAGGAGUUGGCUGGACUCGGCGCGGGACUUGAGCGAUCCCAUGAGUCGGGAGCAAUCAUGGCACCCCUUGCAGGAGCGGAGGUCGCUGCGGGGCUUGCAGCCCGAGAGUUUAGACAGCGAGGACAGCCAGACGAAUAGGCAUAAGCCCACCUACUUGGAGCCAUGGAUUGUGAACCUUCUGCUAGAAUAUGACAAGACUGAAACCAGAGAAGAUGGUCAACUUGGGCAUGUCUUAAAGGUUUUGAAUGAGGCAAGGGCUGUAAACCACAACAAGCAUGGCCCAGCAGCUGUAAUGUACAUUGCUGAUGGAAGUCACUAUAUCCAAGUGCUUGUUACACCCAAAGCUGCUGAGAUGACAAAAUUUUCUCUACCACAGUCUGGGUUUUCCAGCAUUGUUGGCCAGUUCAUAGUCCUGCAGAACUAUAGAGUGUGUUUCAAAGGUGCAGCUAAAGUGGAGGAUUGUGAAUUCUACCUCACACUUGAAUGUUUCCGUGUGAUGCCCAUGAAGAGGCAGAAAACAAGACCGAAGGACUGCAAUCAGGAACCAUCUGUGCUACAGAAGAUAAAGCAACUAUGGCAGAAAGGUUUUGCCAUGCAGCUCUGGCCCAGCUCAGAACAACCAUCUGUUUCAGAAAUACUGAGAGAGAUAAAGCAGGAUCAGCUGAGCACUUUGAAACAAAGUGUUGAGGAUUGCCUCAGUUUAUUGGACCCUAGCAAGUUGGAUUCUGAGCAAAUGGCGGUAUAUCCAGAUACCAAAUGGCAGAGGGAACGCAGAGAAGCUAAGCUGCAACGAGACACCUUCACAGUCCCAGCAAAGCUUCUAGUAAUCAGUGCAGAAAAUGAGGCAGCUCUUUCCAAGUCCUACACUCCAAAGACUUCUCAAGCUGUUCAUGAUACUGGUGAAAGCUCUCAAGAUGAUGACCAAAGUACUGCGUCCUUUUUUAGUGCGGAAUCUGAAAGUUUGGAUGUCUCCCUAGAAAACCCUUGGGAUAUAUUUCCAGGAAUGACUUUGACCUCCUCCAGUGACACAUCUGGUACACUGCCCGGUCUUCCUGCCCCACAGCAGGUGCUUUUGGCUACUACAGCGGAGGAAGAAGAGGCUCCGUGCUUCAGCAGCCCUACUACAGAAUUCCCAGAGCCUCGUGCUCAUACAUCCCUAUGCAAUUCUGAGCAGGCGGAUCUAGUAGAGACAGCGUCCCCAACACUGCUUCCUUCUCACAACCAUGUAUCUUUAAAGGAGUCUGUCAGUCAGGAAUCGAUUGAACUGAACACUACAUACCAUGCCAGCAAAGCUGCAGAUACUGAUGAGAGCACUCCCUGUGAUACAUCAUUGAAGAAUUCACAUUCCCACACUGCUACAUGCCUUCUCUCUCCUGUCUGCCCCCCCUCUCGGAGUGACUGCUCCCUUGCAUCACUGUCUGAAAACAUGAAGGAAGAUCAUCUCACUCAUUUGCAGAGGGAUAAGAUGGUGCUGAGAAAUGCUGGGGAGAAAUGUCUGGAUAGAGGAAGGAAAUGUGUGGCAGCUAAAAGGAAACAGAUGAUGCCAGAUGAGGAGGAAACUACUGAGACUUUUUCCAGUCCAGAACAUCCUUCCACCAGGGCCUUUGCAAAAGCUCACGAGCUAGAGAGCAAGCUCUUGACAACUUGUAAAUCUCCCUUGAAAUUUGUGAGUACACCCAAGAAAAGCCGAAUCGAAACGAUCCAGCAACAUCCAGCAUCUGCCCAGUUCAGAUGUACAGAGACAUUCCUAGAAAAAGGGAGGGAGCAGAGAGUAGCAGACAUCACUCCUAGAAGGCCUGGACAACACAGAGGUCAACAGCAGCAGCAUGUGAAACGAGCCCCUUUUCAUAUUAAGUACAAGCGACCAACACCUGAACUCUGUUCCCAAGUACGCUCUACAAGGAUAUCAAGAGCUAUGCUGGGAUGGGCACGUUGGAUUUUCAGCAAUACACAGAAGCAGUAGCUGUUACUGAUGUUACUAAUCUUUAAGGUUGGAUUUAUCAAGCCAGGUUUUUGCCAUGUUCUGUUUGAAGAGGGAUAUUUUGUUUGUUUAAUUGCAUACAAGGAAAGGGAAGGAACCCAGUUUGCUAGUCUCAUCCAGGGUGGUCCAUGUUUCUGUAGCAAAGGCUGCUAUGCUUUCAACACAAAAGGACACACCAACUGCAAUAUGGCAUGACAGAAAUGCUGUGGUAUAAACUCUUUCUCAAUCUGUUAUCAGAUUAAAGUAAUCUACAUGCUUAAUUUUGUACUUCUGUAAAGUUAAAGUUAAAUAAUAAAAUUCCACUUUGA